UGCUCAGACAGAGAGUCUGAAUCUGAAAGAGCGAGAAAGCUGGUGAAGGUUCACAGUUAUUUCCCCUGCCAUACAAACAUCCUCUACAGGAUUUAUCUUUCUUUUUUUUACUCUCAUACUGGACUUAACAGACCUUUGACUAGUGUCUGAAAAAUACUCAAAUCUUUCCUGGACGUUGCGACAAGAUCUUUUAUUCCAGGACAUCAACCAGAUCCAAGAGAACAACCAAUUCAUAGUUCUGAUAAAGUCAUCAGCUCUGUGGGGGGAUAUUGGUUUGCCUUUAACAUGGGGUGGUGGAAGAAGGUACUUUUUCUGGGCCUAAUGUGUAUGCUGGUGGAAUGUCUCUGUCAGUGUGAGAAUGGCUUGAAACGAAAAGGCGGACAAUGUAUUGAUGAGGAUGAGUGCGAAGAAGAUCUAUGUGGCGAAAAUACAAAGUGCUUCAACACAGAAGGCAGCUUCUCCUGCCAGUGCCUGCAGGGCUACAAAAAUGUUAAAGGGCAGGUUAACUUCACGCUGGAAGGAAUUUGCCAAGAUAUCAACGAGUGCAGUGACGUUUACAACAUCUGCGGUCCCGUUGCUAAUUGUUCCAACCAGAUUGGGGGCUACAACUGCACAUGCCACUCUGGGUACACCAAGGCCACCAAUGGCACUGGAAACUGCACAGACAUCGAUGAAUGCAAAGAAGCUGAAAGUAAGAAUGAAGCCCUCUGUGGAGUAAAAGGGAGUUGUAAAAACAGUAAUGGGAGUUACGGGUGCAUUUGCGAAAAAGGAUCCACCAACUAUGGCAACGAAAGGACAAAAUGCUCAGAUCUCGACUGUGACAGCUUCAAUGGAAACAGUGGGCCUGUACCGUCGCUCGGAGGCCUGGCAGACAUUUUGCUCAUGAUGAAAAACAGCUGUAUGGCUCUGUCUGACCCAGGCAGCGCUGGUGAAGGGAAGCCUGAUGGAAAGAAGCUACUGCAGAAUCUUUUCUCGGCGACCGAUAACAUCUUGUCGCCCGGUCAACUGGACAGUGAAGAUGUGAGCGAAUUGCUCGGUACGGUGGAGAAAGCUAUUAUGCUCAUCGGCCCACAGCUCAAAGACGGCCACACAAAGACAUCAACUUCCGAGACAGACGCAGAGAUUGCAGUGCAGAGGGGAAAGACUCCACCCACUGGCCAAAUCCAGCUGACCAACGAGUAUGCUUCACUCGAAAUUGACUGGACAACAGCAGCUGGGACAGAAUCAUACCCUGGUUUCGCUCUGGCUGCGUUGUUGAGCUACAAGAACCUGGAGACAUCUGUUAACCGGUCCUUUGACAAGCUCACAGGACAUGAAAAGGACGGGGUGGAGCCUUCCUCCUAUCAGAUCUUCUCUAAAGUUGUGUCUGUUGUGGUCUCUAACCCAUCGACUCAGAACCUGAGCAGCCCCGUCAUCAUCACCCUCAGACAUCUACAGGACCAUGAUAAGUCGGGAAAAAAUCGGAGCUACAUCUGCACGUACUGGAAUGAGAGUGGGGCCUGGUCCACAGAUGGUUGUUCUCAACUGCGCUCCGAUGACAUGUACACUUCGUGUAAAUGUAAACAUCUGAGCAGCUUUGCUGUGCUCAUGGCACUCUACGACCAAAAGCACACCUUUAGGCUCCAGCUGGUGACCAGGAUCGGGCUGGCCAUCUCCCUGCCGUGCCUCAUACUGUGCAUCCUGACAUUCAAGUUCUGCCGCUCCAUACAAGGAACCCGCACCACCAUCCACCUGCACCUCUGCAUCUGCCUCUUCAUGGCUGACCUCAUCUUCCUGGCUGGCAUUUCACAAACUAAACCUGUGGGCGGCUGCAGGCUCGUUGCAGCGAUGCUCCAUUACUUCUUCUUGGGACUGUUUUCCUGGAUGCUGUUGGAAGGGGUGCAGCUGUACCGCAUGGUGGUCCUGGUGUUCAACGCCAACAUUCGACCCCUCUACUUAUUCCUCACUGGCUAUGGGACACCCCUCCUUAUCGUCAUUAUAUCUGCCAUCAUUAGACCAGACGGAUACGGCACUGACGAACACUGCUGGCUGUCUCUGAAGGACGGCCUCAUCUGGAGUUUCUUCGGUCCCGUGUGCUUCGUCAUCAUCUUCAACGUCUUCUUUUUCAUCAUCACCGUCUGGAAACUGUCCCAGAAGUUCACCAGCCUCAACCCAGACCUCUCCAAUCUGCAUAAAAUUAAAGCCUUCACGGUGACAGCCAUUGCCCAGAUGUGCAUACUGGGUCUGAUGUGGGUGUUUGGGGCCUUCCUGUUUGACGAGCACUCCACAGUGGAAGCAUACAUCUUCACUAUCCUCAACAGCCUGCAGGGGGCGCUGAUCUUCAUCAUGCACUGCCUACUGUCUAAACAGGUGAGAGAUGAGUACGCCCAUUUCCUCUCCUGUAUCUGCACAGAACAGAAGAGGUACUCCGACCUCAGCACCACCAAUCCCUCCAGCAGUCAGUCAAAAGUUUCCAAGAGUGGGCAGCACACCGGAGAAUCCCAAAGAUGAAACGCUCUGUCAGUUAUUGUACCCCAAAGACAGACUUUAAAGCCUUUAACCUAUCCGGGCUAAGUUAGCCGUGAUUUUAGAGGUUUGGAAGACUCAAAUUAAAUUCAGUCAUUAUUUUAUUACCAUGAUGUCAAUUGAUACCAUUACAGUUUUGUUGUACCACUAUACCAACUGUUUAAUGGUACCGCUAAUCAGAGCCCCCAAGAGGUUACAAGUUAAAUCUGAGGCGUUUAUAAGACCAAAUUCUAUACAACCAAAAAACUCCACCAAUAAGAGUAACAUCGCCUGCCAAUCAAUUGCAUUAUGGGUCAGGGAGCCUGCUAUGUACCUCUUAGUUUCACUUAUUUUCCUCACUGCUGCAAAUGGUGGAUCAAGUUGUAUUGAUGAUGACUGAAUUUGUUUAUUUACUGUCAUUAUUGUCACAGCAGGCAAGAAGUAGCCAACUACUAAAAGUGUUUAUUCAGGAACUCUUUAAAUGCAAGUGAAAGAUAUUUCAGUAUCUAAUCGGUUAAUCAAAAACAUAUCAUAAACAUAAUAUAAGCUGUAUUGCCUUUCAAAGGAUUAAAAGUGACACAUGCAUACGUAGACUAUUUAAUUUCAAGAGCAGUAUGCAGUCUAUAAAGUCUACAUUAUGUAGGCUACAAGAAAAUAUGAGUGAUGCUCGUUAAGCUUAAAGCAUGGGCAAACGGUUUGUGCUGUAUUUUGUGUGAAUGCUUUAUGCAAAAAUAUAAGGUUGGGUGUGCUUUAAAAAAAAAAAAAAAUCCAUUUACUGUAUUUAAAUGUCAAAGAAGCAACUGACUGAUGAUGAAUAUGUCCCAUGAAGUGCCUAUGAAGUUCCCUUCAUGGUCCUGCAAAUCCAACAUAUGCUAAUGCAGGGCUGUAUGUCUGGUUUUUUUUU